UCUUUUUUAAGGCAAACUUGACGUCUAUAGCGGAGGAGGUUUUGUGAUCGCACUGAAGGGCUCGAGGGGUGAACUGUCGGACAAAAUCAAAUCACUGAAAGAGGACCGAUGGCUGGACGGGCGGACUCGUGCGGUGUUCGCCGAGUUCUCGGUAUACAACGCUCAGGUCAAUCUGUUUGGCAUCGUGUCAAUGGUGGCCGAGUUUCAACCGGGCGGCGGUGUUAUACCCAACCAUCGCAUAGAUGUGGUUCGGCUCAUGCGAUACCACCAGGGCUUCGGACUAUUCAUAAUACUCUGCGAACUGACUUACGUUGGAUUCAUUGUCUUCUUCACUGUACGCGAGUUUAAGAAUUGGCGAAACCAGGGCUCCAGUUAUUUUGGCAGCUAUUGGAACUGGGCCG